AUGGCUGCCACGUCGUCGUUCCUGACACCUGGGCUCGCUGCCCAGGAGGGCCAUCUUGCUUCCUUACAUUUGCGCCGUGAUGCUGCAAUUCCCGUAGUGCUUGCAUCAAAGCCUUCUACAGAACAAGAUGCAGGCUACGCAGAGGGUAUGGUGACCAACACCCGCUUUGGAUCCUUUCCACACUCAACAAUUAUCGGCACACCUUGGGGCUCGCAAAUAAGAGCUAGCAAGGUCGAUACAGGAUCGCGCGGGCGAGUCACUUCGAAGAAGCGCAAAGCGAGCGAGCUCAACGACGAAGGUGCUGAGGAUGAUGAAACCAAAGAAGCAGAGUCCGCCGAUUCAGGUUUCUUGCACGUUCUGCCACCAACGCCGGAGUCCUGGACCUACUCUCUACCACAUAGGACACAGGUUGUCUACACGCCCGACUACAGCUACAUUCUUCAUCGUAUCAGAGCGAGGCCAGGAACAAGGCUGAUCGAGGCCGGGAGUGGAAGUGGAAGCUUCACACACGCCGCAGCUCGGGCAGUCUUCAAUGGCUAUCCUUCUGGACACGAUCAAAGCGCUGGACUAGGGAGGGUAUUCAGCUACGAAUUUCACAAGGAGCGACAUGAGAAAGUGUCAGAGGAGAUGAAGACACACAAUUUGUCUUCUCUCGUUACAUGCACGCACGCCGAUGCGUAUAAGGACGGAUUCUUGCUCCCUGUCGGAGAAGGCGAUGCUCGGUCUCAGUCUCCGAGAGCGUCUGCCAUCUUCCUGGACUUACCAGCACCAUGGUCUGCUUUACCGCACCUCACCCGCGUUACGACCGAGGAAGGCCCCUCGGCUCUGGAUCCAGAUUCACCUGUCUACAUCUGUACCUUCUCGCCUUGUAUCGAACAAGCACAGAAGACCAUCUCAUACCUCCGGAAGUACUCCUGGCUCGACAUUCAGAUGGUCGAGGUCAACCACAAGCGUCUCAACGUCCUUCGAUCAUACACAUCACUAUCAUACUCAGGCAUGCGUGGCGUCAAUCCAUACCCAGAGGACGUCUCAGCCGCCCUCGACCAUCUCAAAGCCAUCGACCGGCGAGCCAAGGAUUUCCAUGCUGGAAGCACCAGUCUACCUCCAUCAGCAAAAGUGAAGAGGAUAGAGAAUGCCCAGACCGAAGCACACAGCACGAUGUUUAAGGAAGGUCAGGUGAUACAUCGCUCGGAGCCGGACCUGAAGACGCAUACUUCAUAUCUGGUCUUUGCGGUGUUGCCGAAGGAAUGGACCGAAGAAGAUGAGCAGAAGGAGGCAAGGAAGUGGAGCGGAAAGGUUGAGAUCAGUGCAGAGGUGCCUAAGAGUCACCGGCAGAUGAAGAAGGAGACAAAGGCGAAGCGGAAAAGCCGAGAAGCACAAGGGCAGGAUCAUACAAAUGGCGUUUCUUGGGAGCAGGCUGGCACGUAUGAUGCCAGCAACGCGAUGUCGCUAGACUAA